AUGUCUGUGGCUUCCAUAAUCGAACGCGACGCCAAAAUCCUUGCCAACGACCACUAUGAGCCUCUGUCCUGGGAGCAGUGCCGGGAGAUUGUACAGAAAGACGACAUGACGUUAUUCACACGCUCACCCCAGCAAUUACGCGAGUACCUGGCCGCCAAAGAGGACUUCAAGAAGUACGGCGGAACCGCAGAGUAUAUUGUCAAAUAUAAACUCAAGUGGGCUGACAAGCUUCAGAGUAGUGGCAAGGGGUUUCUCGAAGACAAAUCCGAUAUCAUGAUACUGCAGAAUGAUUUUCCGUACGGCCUGGAACCGGGGAUCAGGCACAUCAUUGUCUGGUCGAAGGUGCCAUGUGCCACCGACGACAAUCAGCGGCCAACAGCGGCAACCAAACACCAAAUUGAGCAAUUCAUCCAGAAAAACAUCGAACUACUUGGCGUUACUCGGACCAAUAUCAUCUGGUUCAAAAAUACCGUUGCAUUACAGAGCGUUCCUACUUUGGAGCACUUUCAUAUUCUCAUCAAAGAUGCCCCACCGUCAAUUGAUAGCUUGAUUGGUACUAGUGGGGUUUAG